AUGGACGCCCAGCUAUGGCACGCGGAGAGUGAACGUCAUCCAAGCGAGCAGUAUCUGCCAGUGCACUCACCCAGCAAAACGCUGGGCAAAAAGGAGGCGGGGAUGGAGCCCAGCGAGCUGGCGGCGAUUCUUCUCGACGCAUUCAAGACACUCCUGAGUGAGUCGGAGAGCUAUGUCCAGUACUUUGAGCUGCGUUUCCGACUGGAAGAAGAGCACCUGCGCUCGCUGCAGGCCAUGCUUGAGCGGCAGCGUGAUCUGGAUAUGCAUGUGAACCGCAAACUCUCAGUCACACCCGGAAUGCUCCCAGACACUAACACAUUGUCUGGCCUGCGGAACACGUGGGGCGAUAUUCGUUUGAGCGAAAUGUGGGCUGUUGAUUUGCGUUUGCAGGCCUUGAAAGAAUGGAAAUGCUCCACGCUGCAGCCCAUUGCUCAAUUUCGUCAUGCUCAAGAGCGUGUGAUGCGCCGCGUUAAGGAAGAUUUGCGCGCGUGUGUUGACGAUUAUAAUGAUAUGCGGCUGAGCACACUUCCCCGAAUCCGCAAAACGUACGAAAAACGGUGCGAGGAACUGGAAAUGUAUCGACACCAGCAACGUGCGCUUGAAGAGCAGCGCAUACUUUUGUCCACCGCACAUGAGCCCCCAGCCCCGCAAGAAAGCAUUCCACUUGCACAAAACGAUACGAUCCGACCCGUAAUUGACCGCAGUGCUACCCAUACGCCCACGGACCGAUCUUUUGCAGUGCACAACUCUUCCCCGCACUCUGGCGUCCAAGAUUUGAACUCAUCGACCAAUUCUUUGACACGCUCGCCCAGUGCGCAGGUGCGUAGUUCACCGGCUGAGUUUCCGCGCAAAAAGGAGUGGGACAAGACGCCCAAGCGCUUGAAUGCGCUAUUUUCGCGCAUGCUCGACGUGUCAAGCGAGCGGAUCGCCGCGCUGGACGUGAGCGACAAUGCAUUGCCCCACACACAAGCACGCAACGAUCUCAUACCCCCGUCUCUCAGCGUAAACCAAAAAUCGCAACAGCUUUUGGUAACCAAGCUUGCCAAGGCAAAGCGGGACAUGGAAGAGUCGGACAAGGCCUACCGCAAGGCGAUUUUUGAUCUCGAAACGCUGCGCAUCCGUCGAAGAAAAGCACUUUCUGCCGCAGCGAGCAGCAUUCUUGAAUGGCGGCGUGAUCUAGCACUGACAAUGAGCAAAGUGUGUGUUCAGCACGCCAACGAUACACUUUCGAUACGCACAUCGAUCGACUCUGUGCACAAGCACGACGAGCACUUGGCCAACCACAUGCUGGAUGGCCUUGAGAACGAGCAGCAUAUCUGUGAAGAAUGGCUGCCUAAUACGCGCCUGCUAGCUCCGGAGGACUGUGUGCAAUAUAUCAACUACUGGCACGGCCCGUACAACGACCUCAUCUUUGGCACAAGUCUGGUUGACUACGCAUUCUCGCAUGGAGACGCCACCGCACCGUCCACAAUGACGGAACAGGGCUUGAUUAUGACCAAUGUGCGGCCCCCCAUGAUUGUCAGCAAAUGCAUCCAGUUUAUGGAGCAGCCGCGCUCUCUUCAGACGGCGGGAAUAUACCGCGUGAACGCCAAGUUGGCGCACAUCCAGAAGCUUACCAGUGCGAUUGAGCAGAACGAGUCCGUGUUCCAGUUCGAUAUGAAGCACGAAGAUCCAGCAGCUGUCGCUGGGAUCUUGAAGCUCUACUUGCGACAACUGCCAGAAGCUGUGAUGCCAAUGCGUGUCGAGGAGCGUGUCAAGUAUACGCACGAGCGCGAAGAGCACAUCCGCAACGGAUUCGCCAUGUUCAAGUCCAGGAUCCGUCGCAUGCCGCCGAUCCACCAGUCCACACUGCGUGCAUUACUUCUGCAUUUGGUGCAUGUCGCAUCGCACGCGUCCAAAAACAUGAUGACGGUGUCGAAUUUGGCCGUCAUCUUUUCCCCUGUAGUGCUCUUUGAUGCGGACUAUGUCUCGUCCAAUUUGGCGUCUGCCGCCGAGGAGGACUGCGCGAUGGAGGAUUUGAUCCUCUUUUGCCACGACAUUUUCGCAAUGCCGCCAGGCACCGCUUCACUCUUGUCGCCCGUCCCACCUACUUCCGAGGGCCCACCUGAUGAUUCCGCUUUCUUUUACUCGGAACAUGGGAUGGAGCACACAUCUGCACCGCGACCUCCGCGCAAUGCACCGUAG